AUGUGUCGUAGGAAGGAUUUUCGGGUUCAAACGCAUGAAAGCGUUGAGUUUUUAAGUGCUAACCGGGAGUUUUCCAGACUAAUCGCAAUUGGAACAAGACUAAUGAAGAUAUACGCAAUGGAUGAUGAUCGCUUCAAGUUUAUUACGGAUUUUAGAACGCAGCGUGGCCGGAAACAUCUUAUUGAGGCGCCAACACACGUUGACUGGAACAGUCUUAACGAUAAGCUCGUGGCAACAAGUAUGGCUGAUGGGACAGUUGUUCUGUGGGAUGUUGAGAAAGAAACUCAAAAAAACAUUUAUAAUACGCAUGGACAUAGGGCCGUUCGGGUCUGCUUCAAUCGUGGUGAAGCAAACCUAUUGCUAAGUGCAGGAAAGAACUCGCUUUUAUUGUAUGAUCUGCGUGAUGCAGUUCCUGUAAAACGGUUUUGUAAAGAUUCGACUGAUAUGGUUUAUGAAGUCCAGUUCGGCUUGCACGAAGAUCAAAAGGAGUUUUUCGUUGUUUCUGAUGAAGGUGGCUUAUUGAGUUUUUUUGACAUUAGAGGCGGAGAACGUCCUGCACGUAGAUUCCUAACACAUCGUGGCACUGCAUGUGUUACCUUCAAUCCAAAUUAUUUGGAUAGAAGUCUUGUUGCCACAGGAGGCCAGGAUAAGUGCUUACGGGUGUGGAACUGGGCUGACUUAUCACGAGGAAGUUUGAACGACCCUAUAUAUUCUGUGGAGACAUAUACGGUCGUUAAUCGGGUUUUUUGGAAACCAAAUGACAAAUUCCAGAUAAGCAGUUGUUCGUUUGGAGAGGAUUCUAAUAUAUAUAUUUGGGAUGUUCGUAGGCCAUUCUUUCCUUCUGCGGUCUUUAACGAUCAUAGAAAAACCCAUUGUGCAGACAUGAUAUGGAAUUGGAACAUUGAAGAUAGAUUUGUUUCUGUGGGCAGAGAUGGCGUGAUUGUUUUCCAUUAUGUCGAAAAUGCCGAACAUCCUAUUGAUUACAUCAGCGAUGUUUGUGCUGAUACUUCUCCAAACAUGGAUAUUGCUUUCGCUGUAAGUACUCAGCUGAAGACUAAAAACGAAGAAUUAGAAGUGAAAGAGAAAUGUCGAGAGGGUAAACCAGUUGCUCCUCGUCGUAGGAAAUUCGAUCCGUUUCAGUCAGCUGUAGAAAGCCAUCUGUUUUUUUGUGUUCCUAAGAGUUUGAAAAAGGUUUUGUCAGCGGAUGACUUUUGCUUUCUGGCGAAAAGUUACAAGCUGUCUGGAGCAAACGUGAAAUCACUCUGUGCACACAAUAGCGCGGUAGCGGAAAAAAUUGGUUGUUUUCAUCUAGCACAGACUUGGAGGACGAUCGCUGUCCUUGCAUCAUUUUCACCCACUGCAGAAGAUAAGUCCCAGGCUAACACGGAAAUCGCCGUCAGAUCUCGUUUUGUUUCCGCUCGUUACGCUGGUAAAAAAGGUUUUCGACCUAUUGAUCACAAUGCGAUCGCAUCGCUUUUUGCUGGUCAGGUGGCUGCUGCAGGCUUCACAAGCUCUUCAGAUUUUUACUUUGGUGAUGGUGAAUUUAAUGCUUAUGGACUGCGAACCAAAUUCUUUGACACAAAUGACCAAACACACUUUGUCGGCACUUUGCCGCCGAAAUUGGAAGCUUUUAUGCCAACUGGUACUGAAGACUGUGUUACUUUUAAUAACAUAUCUUCUGCUGAUAGUUUCACAAAAAGUUUUACUCGGCGAAGGGAAGUCACUGGUGGUAUUACUCCUUUAGAUUUUGUUUUAGGUGACUUGUCAGUUGACGUCGAUCGUUCGUCAGAACUGUUCUGGGACCCAUUACCCAUUCUUAAAAAAAUAUUGUUUUAUUAUGCAGAACUUGGCGAUGUGCAAACUUGUGUCUCUAUUCUGUUAGUUCUGGGGGCGAAAAUUGCAGAUAACAUUGACUCAAACACGCAGAUCUUAUGGUUUCGAGAUUAUUUAGAGUUGUUAGAUCGCUUAGAACUUUUCGUCACUUCCGCCGAAGUUAUUAAAUAUUGUUGGUUCCCUUCCAUCAGUACUCUCAGCUUGCAGAGUGCUUCGAUUUAUAUUCGUCUUUGUCUAAUACUUUUACUGUGUUUUUAUUAUUUCAGUAAACUGCCAGUUCGAGGCGUUUGGGGGUGGUGCAGGAAGUGCAGACAUGGAGGACAUCCUAAUCAUUUAGCUGAAUGGUUUUCUUCAUAUUUAAUGUGUGCUCAAGGUUGUGGAUGUGAAUGUGCAUCGUUUAGGUGAAA